ACAGUGUCAAAGACGAACCAAACACUUGAGAUACCACACGUUUUCUUUUCAUAGUACCUCCAGAGCCCGUCUGGUACCUCUGUGUUGUUGUUGUUGUUUUUGUUGUUGUUAUUUACUGAGCACAUCACGUUAAAAGUGGUUAGCAACGGAAACGGAAACAGCAGUUGGAGUGGGAGAGCUACAACAAGCUAACGAGGAGACAUGUUGUUCAGCUCUGUGUCCUGCUGCAGUCAUGCUCCUGGUGGACCCCGGUCUGUACAUCGGCACUGCGGCUGACCUCAAUGACAGCAGGGGGCUGGCCAAUGCAGCCGUCACACACAUCCUGUCUGUGGACUCCGUGGACCCCGUCCCUCUGCUUCCCGCUGACGGGGGCCUCCACAGGAAGUGGAUCAACGUUCUGGAUGAGGUGACUUCUGACCUCCUGAGUCACAUGGACGACUGCUUCCUGUUCAUUCGGGAGGCUGUGGAUGGAGGCGGGGCCACACUUGUUCACUGCCAGGCGGGGCGGAGUCGCAGUGCCACCAUCGUUACUGCUUAUUUAAUGAAGAGAUACCAGCUGUGUUUCACUGAGGCUUACCACAGACUGAAGGGUGUCAAACAGGAUGUGCAGGUCAACAGCGGUUUCGAGGAGCAGUUGUGUCUGUAUGAGGCCAUGCAGUGUGAAGUGGACACCUCCAGUCCUCUGUACAAACAGUACAGACUGACCAAGAUCACUGAGAAGUACCCAGAGUUGCAGCAUGUUCCCAGGGAGCUGUUUGCCGUUGACCCCGCCCACUCCAGCUCUUCGGAAGUGUCCUAUCGCUGCAGGAAGUGCAGACGGACUCUGUUCCGUGAGUCCAGUAUCCUCAGUCACCCAGUAGGAGAAGGAGCGCCAGCCUUUGGUCACAAGAAGUCAAGUAACCUCACUGGAGAUGUCCAGUGUACGUCUUACUUCACUGAACCAGUGCAGUGGAUGGAACAAGCUCUACUUGGAGUGAUGGAUGGACAGCUGCUGUGUCCAAAGUGUAGCUCUAAGCUGGGAUCAUUCAGCUGGUGUGGUGAUCAGUGUUCGUGUGGUCGCUGGGUCACUCCCGCCUUCCAGCUGCAUCGCAACAGAGUGGACGAGAUCCGACACCUGAACAUACAGAAAUAAUGCACACACACACACAUUCAAAUCAAUGCAGUCUCUGCAGGCAGAAAAAGAGAACACACAGUCAAACAAGAAAUAUUGUAACGGUCCUCUUGCAAGAGGUUAUAAAGACUGAGAAAGAAAGUACUAAUACAGUACAGUGCUUAAGAAAUCUAACAUUUUUGAUUACUGUAGGAUUUCUUUCUUUCUGUGUGACGGUGGAAGUCAAACUGGUUUGUACAAACACUUACUCUGUGAAAAGAACUUUAAAAAUUGAAAUAAAAGUGUCUCUUGACAUUAAGUGGCCUUUCAGAUGUUUAAAGAACUGUUGUAAACAGAAAUUGGUGCUGAAACAGAAAAGGAAUCAAAUAUUUUCAUAAUUUAAUCUCUUAAAGCUGUUUGUAAUGGAUAUUUUUAAUAUUUAAUAACAAUGUAUCAAAUAUCAAUGUGAAAACAAUGUGCCAGAGAACAGAGAAUUGUCAGCUGAGUAGCAGCUCCCCUCAGCUUUACAGAGCUUUAUAGUGAGUUUCAGCUCAGUGUUUAUUCAGACUGCAGCUAACCAUUAUGGUCAAUUAAUCUGUCAGUAAACAGUGAUUUAAUUUACUUGUUUUGUCAGUCCAAAACCUAAACAUAUUCAGUUGUAUAUCUUAUAAGAUGGAGAAAAGAAUUUGCAUGAAAAUUUGCAUGAAAAAUAUUUUAUUGGCCAUUGAUUGCUGUUUUUGGUUUUUACCACUUGGGGGCAGCAGAAACAACUUUAGAACACAAAACUGACCUAUAAUUAACCUAAAAAGUUGUUAUUGCAGGCAUGUUAGAAAACAGUUGCUUAUUUAUACAUUCAGCUGUUACAAAACAACAUUAUCAUUCAUUUGGAGUCGUGUUUUAGUCCACCUGAUGAAUAUGUCCAAUAUUGACUCUUUUAGCUAAAAGAGCUCCAUUGUUUAUAUGAAUAAAUAUAUAUUGUAACUAUCACUUAUUAGGUAAAAAUACCGACUAUUCAUUGCUUACAGCUUCUCAAAGGAGUAAUUGCUUGUUUUUUCUGUUUUAUAUCACUUUACAUUAAACAUCUUUGGACUGUU